UCGUCGUUUUCUUCUUCAAUCAGACUUUUCCAAUCACCGACACCGUUUUAACCCCGAUGGUUCCGUCACCGUUAAACCCGCAACAGAUCCAACAAUUCCUCUCCUCCGUCCUCUCACAGCGCGGGCCCAACUCCGUCCCCUACGACGAAUCCACCAAGUGGCUAAUCCGCCAACACCUCCUCAACCUAAUCUCCUCCUACCCUUCCCUCGAGCCCAAAACGGCGACGUUUAUCCACAACGACGGCCGUUCCGUAAACCUCCUCCAAGCUGACGGAACCAUCCCGAUGCCUUAUCACGGCGUCACCUACAACAUCCCCGUCAUCAUCUGGCUCCUCGAGUCCUACCCUCGCCACCCUCCUUGCGUCUACGUGAACCCCACCGCCGACAUGAUCAUCAAACGUCCCCACGCGCACGUGACCCCCUCGGGCCUCGUGUCUCUCCCUUAUCUCCAAAAUUGGGUUUACCCUAGCUCCAAUCUCGUGGAUCUCGUCUCCGAUCUCGGCGCCGCCUUCGCUACCGAUCCUCCUCUCUACUCCCGCCGCCGUCCUCAGCCGGGGCCAUCGCCGCCGCCGUACGAGACGCGUCCUCCUCCUCCUCCUCCUCAGACGGUUGAUCAGAGACCGUUCCCGCCGUCUCCUUACGGCAGAGUGAACCACGUUCACCACCAGGACGACGCGGCGGAGGUUUACAAGAGAAACGCGAUCAACAGGAUGGUGGAGAUGGUUCACGGCGAUCUAGCGUCGAUGCGGAGAGAUAGAGAAGCCGAGGCGGAGUCGAUGCUGAGUCUCCAAGGAGGUUUGAAGAGGAGAGAGGAAGAGAUCAGCAGAGGGAUGAAGGAGAUGGUGGAGGAGAAGGAGACGCUCGAGCAGCAGCUACAGAUCGUAUCCAUGAACACCGACGUUCUUGAUUCUUGGGUUAGAGAGAAUCAAGGGAAGACUAAUAUCGAUGUUGAUGUUGAUAAGGCCUUUGAGUGUGUGGACGCGCUCUCUAAGCAGAUGUUGGAGUGUACUGCUUCGGAUUUGGCUAUUGAAGAUGCGGUUUACGCGUUGGAUAAGGGGUUUCAGGAUGGGGUUGUUCCGUUUGAUCAGUACUUGAGGAGUGUGAGGUUGCUUUCGAGGGAGCAGUUCUUUCAUCGAGCCACGGGGUCUAAAGUUAGAGCUGCGCAGAUGGAAGCUCAGGUUCAUGCCAUCGCAGGUAGAUUACAUUCGUGAAUGUGGCUUUGGUGUGAUGGUUGUUCCUCUUUCAGAUUGAAUUUAAAGUGUCUAUAUGGCUAUAUAUACGUCUGUGGACAUACAAGUUUGAAUGGAUCACGCCUUUUUUGUUUUCUUUGUUCGGUUUGUGUUAUAAGAGAACCAUCUACAUUUUGUGUUUUAAUGAUCUCUUUGAUGAACGUUAUUUUGCUA